CGUAGUUUAUGGGGAUUUAAUUAUGUGGUUUGAACUAUCCCUUCUCAUCCUCAGCCACAGUGUGUGUGAUGUGUGCGAGAGAGAGCACACACAUGUAUGCGUGUGUCAGACCAGUAUAUCCCCAGUGGACGACGUUUCUCAUGCCACUACUUAAACAGUUUUUCUGUGCAGAGGACGACUAUAAAAGCUUACGGCUGACCCAAAUCGACCAGUGGGCUGAAACCUUGCAGGGCUUUCCGGAUCGAGAGACACAACGGGGUUGGUGGAGUGGGUAGGCUAAACGCGGUGAAAGUAAUAUUAUUUGUGGCCAGGCGUUCAGUGCCGGAUGAGAAAUGGAACCUAAAUAUACAUCCAAGCUGUCCCAAAACAUUGACAUCGGGGUUGGGCUUUACCUCGUCGUCAUCGCCAUCCUGUCGGUGAUUGGGAACACGGCGGUGCUGGUCAUCUCCGCACGCAGGUCCACCCAGCUCAAGGGCCCCGAGCUGCUGGCGGUUAACCUGGCCGUGACCGAUCUGGGCAUGGCCCUCAGCAUGUACCCACUGUCAAUCGCCUCCGCCUUCAACCACGGGUGGCUGGGCGGGGACCCUUCCUGCCUCUACUACGGCCUCAUGGGCAUGGUGUUCAGCGUGGCCAGCAUCAUGAGCCUGACCGUGCUGGGGAUGGUCCGCUAUCUGGUGAACGGAAAUCCCCCAGAGACGGGCAACAAGUUUGAAAGAAAGACCAUCCUGCUUGUGAUAAGCGGGAUCUGGCUGUACGCGGGCGUGUGGGCCGUCCUACCUCUUCUGGGCUGGGGCAGCUACGGCCCCGAGCCCUUCGGCCUGGCCUGCUCCGUGGACUGGAUCGGGUACAAGCGAUCCCUGAACCACUCCAGCUUCAUCGUGACCAUGGCCUUGCUCUGCGCCCUCAUCCCCUGCCUGCUCCUCCUCUUCGCCUACUCGGCCAUCGCCUGGAAGCUGCACAGGGCGUACCGCUCCAUGCGGAAAGGCGACUUCCACUACGGCAACAUAGAGAGGCGGAUCACCCUCAUGGCGGUGAUGAUAACCCUGGGCUUCAUCUUGGCCUGGGCGCCGUACGUGUCAGUCAGUGCAUGGAGCAUGUUUCACCCCGCCGACCAGAGUGGCAGUCUCCCUCCGGUCAUCAGCCUGCUGCCCUGCCUGUUCGCCAAGACCGCCACCGUGUACAACCCCUUCAUCUACUGCGUCUUCCAGCGCACACUCGGAAAGCACUUGUGUUGUUGUUGUGGUGGUGGUGGUGGCGGUGGGCCGGCCAUUGAAAUUAAUAAGUGGGAUAAUGCACCGCGCAAUAUCACCGGCUCUGUGGAUCUGGAUUUGAGUGGGAGAUGGAAGCAAGGCGGAUGAGAACCCUGUUGCCAUGGGCGGCAGGGAGGAAGAGAGAUGAAACGCUUAUCCUUGCAAGCUCCUCGUGUUAACUUUUGCAUUUUCUCCCUCGUAUAGGGAGAAUACACCCAGACCGAUUCAGUUAUUGUUAUUUAUUGCUGUUAUUUGUUGUCGUUUUCUUUAUUAGUGCAAACAUCGGCCAACUGUUGAUGUCAUUUCAGGCAUCUUCCAAGUUAUUUUAAUUAGUCAGCCGCCACGGCUGCAGCAUUGCUUUGUAUAGCCACACAGACACAGAGGAAUUAAUUGAAUUUGUCAUAUAGUUGUGGAUGCAAACAUUCCCGAGACCAGGCAUGAAAGACCCCGCUACGGGGAGUAGGGUUGUUAUGGCAUGGAGAAAUGCUGCGCUGAAGAUUCCUGCCACAAAAGGGAACCGAAACCGUCAAUAGCUGAAUUAAUUCUUGAACGGGUAAAUUGAAGCAGUUUAAAUCCCUUUCUCCAUAAACAUCUACGCAUUCAUGAAGAGAAUUUAUGAAUUCCAAUGUUGCCAUUUUAAAAUCAUGCUGUGACGCACAAUGUGUUAAUUUGCUACAGGGAUGCACACAAACACACACACACAAGCUUCAAAGAGUAGUUGAGCAAAAGGGGGCCUGGAAAUGUAUCAUGCACAGUGAAAAUGUAUUUUUGUAUGGUGAGGCUCUAAUAAAUCUAUACUUUAUUAAAUGACCCUAAGCUAGGUCAUCUUUCGGGAUUCUACUGGAUUUGAAAAAUCCAACUUGAUGGCAAAUGAAGUCCUACAAUCCUUAAAUCCUAUGGAAUGCCCAGGGGAGCCUAGCAGGUGUUGGUUUUCAUAAUAAUACAUUCAAGCCAGAGAUGAAAGUAACCUUUGGUUGUUGGCUUUGUGUUGUCGCAGCAGGGAAAAAAAAUUAAAGUACAAUAAAUUGAAUUAUUCAUGAAGAUCCAACCCAAAAAGCGCAAGGAUCAUGCGAGCCUGU